AGCGCCGCUCCAGCUCGAGGAUGCCCAGCUCCCGACUGUGACCCGCGUGCUUCGCCCGGCCACUCCUUUUCCCUGAGAGCAAGCGUUCUGGGGCACUUGUCUUGUCGCGGUGGCCUCUGAACCACGGCAUUCGUUAGAAGGAGCCGGGCGGGGACGCCUCUCGGGAUCGUACCGCGGCUCUAGCGCACCCGGGUGGCGGCACUGCGCUCGCGGGGCAGCUGCGGGGACGCGCGGAGGGGACGCCGCAGAGGGGCGCCUGGAAGGGUAGCGGCUAGGGGCGCGGCGUCGCCGGAAGCUGGGGUGGGGGCACCCGGGAGCGAUGCAGUGAAGGGCGAGCGACGCGGCGGCGGCGAUGAGUGCCUCUGCGGCCACCGGGGUGUUCGUGCUGUCCCUCUCAGCCAUCCCGGUCACCUACAUCUUCAACUACCUGGCGGCCCAGCACGAUUCCUGGACCAUUGUUGGGGUUGCUGCCCUCAUCCUGCUCCUGGUGGCCCUUUUGGCUCGGGUCCUCGUCAAAAGAAAACCACCACGGGACCCUCUGUUUUACGUGUAUGCGGUGUUCGGAUUUACCAGCGUGGUGAACCUCAUCAUAGGCUUGGAGCAAGAUGGCAUCAUUGACGGGUUUAUGACUCACUACCUGAGAGAGGGUGAACCGUAUCUGAACACGGCCCAUGGGCACAUGAUCUGCUACUGGGAUGGCUCUGUUCAUUACCUGAUGUACCUGGUGAUGGUGGCCGCCAUCGCAUGGGAGGAGAGCUACAGAACCAUUGGUCUGUACUGGGUUGGCUCCAUCAUCAUGAGCAUUGUGGUCUUUGUGCCCGGAAACAUUGUAGGAAAAUAUGGAACACGAAUUUGCCCUGCAUUUUUCUUAAGCAUACCAUAUACGUGUCUUCCGGUCUGGGCUGGCUUCAGGAUCUACAGUCAGCCAUCAGAAAACUGUAAUUAUCCCUCAAAGGUUCUUCAAGAAGCCCAAGCGAAGGCCCUCUUGAGAAGACCAUUUGACCUCAUAUUGGUUGUGUGUCUUUUCUUGGCGACUGGAUUUUGCCUGUUCAGAGGCCUGAUUGCUUUGGACUGCCCAGCUGAGCUCUGCCGACUCUACACACAGUUUCAAGAGCCCUACCUAAAGGACCCUGCUGCUUAUCCUAAAAUUCAGAUGCUGGCAUACAUGUUCUAUUCUGUCCCUUACUUUGUGAUUGCACUAUAUGGCUUGGUGGUCCCUGGAUGCUCAUGGAUGCCCGACAUAACGCUGGUCCACGCGGGAGGUCUAGCUCAGAGUCCAGAGCUCUGCUACUCGAUCCUCAACAGAACCAGUGAGGCUGGUUUAGUCUAAGUUCUGUUACAAGAAAGCUGAGCCUGCCCUUCAUCCCGCACUCUGGCACAUCGCCAAGUCCCUGACGGAUGAAAGCAACACAGAGCAGGAAAUGAGAGUGGGGUCCACCGGGAAGCAAAGCACAGUGAUUAUACAAUCAAGGGGACAGUAACCAGGAUGGCAGAAAGACCCCAGAAUUCGUAUUGUUAAAAAAUACAGUACUUACAGGGUCACUGGGUUAAAUCCUUCCUUGCAUACUCAGAAUAAUCAUAGAAAGGCAGAUAAAACCUGCUGAAGAAAUACUCCUGGAGAUGCUUAGCUGCUCUGCUCUUUGUCCACCUCUGAAUCCCUGAUCCUCGAUGCCUCAGCGAGGGCUUUUGUUUCUCCAUCUUUCGAUGUCAACUGGAAGCUGGUGACCAGUCUCUUCAGCCCUGACUGCUGCCUCCUAAAUUUAAUUCCAAACUUAUCACUUCACCUGGAUGGCUCACUAGCACAUCCGAUUUCUGGAGGCAUUUUGAGAAACUUCUGAAAUGGAAAACAGGCACACUUGACUUUUUAAACACAUUUGCAAAGCAGGCAUCAGUCUACGAAAGAAAACCUAUUUUCCUGUUUGAUAGUCUUGCUUUGUAGCCCAGAACAGCCUUAAUCUCAAAAUCCUCCUGUUUCAACAUCUUACCAUGCCCAGGUAGCAUGUUAGACUAAAAAUAGGACUCUUGGUUCUCCCCAUUUCUCCUGUUUCCCAUUUAUUUGGUCAGUGCCAAUAGCCUCAGCUUCUAUUGGUCAGCUCAAGCCAAAAACCUGGAAAUCUUUUUACCUUAAUGCCUAUGGGUGUUUUGCCUGUGGAUUUAUACACCAUUUGUGUACCUGGUGCCGUGGAGACCAGAAUAGGCACAAAAAAAAAUUUCAAAUUUUCUUAGGUCAUUGGAAGACACACUGGGUGAUUACUGCGUCCUUGAUUUCAGACUGGUAGCAACCCCCCAAAUCUGUUGCCUUCAGAAAGUCCGAGCUCAGUUAAACUUUUAAUAAUAAAAAUCAGGCUAUAUUUUAGGUCAAUUUCCACUGGGGGACUUAAAGCACAAUCUCUCUCCGUGUGCAAUGCCUGCUAUAGGACUGGAGCUGUAGCUAACUUGGGAAGGAUGUCAGACCGUGUUUCCUGUCAGCUGGAGUAGUCAGUUCUUUGUUAUGUGCAGGUUCAACCAGCUUAGGAGACCCCUGUCGAGGCUACUGCGGUUAUCAGUAUUGAACAAAGAGGAGACUUUUCUUGUUCCCUAAAAGACACAGCACAACGGCUUAUAUUGCAUUACCCUGUGUGGUACUGUAACUCAUCUCAAGGAAGACAUGCAGAAAGAUGUACACAAGGUACAAACACAUUUUACAAAAGGGACUUGAGGAUCCAAGGAUUUUGAUAUAUAUGGGAUGUCCCAAACUCCUGGAACCAAUCCUCCUUGGAUGCCAACAGCUGACUGCAUGUUGUUAGAAUCAUGGAAAAGGAAACAAAACAAAAACUCUAGUUAAUGUAGUCAACGUAAUUAACAGCAAGGGCUGAUUCGAGCCCCUUGUCAUAUAUUGGUAUAUUUUACUUCUCUUGAUCACCAAUUGUCUGUGAAGUUGCUGAGAUUAAAAAGGUGCCAAAGAGCUAGGCAUAGUGCCUGACGUGUAAAAGCUACUGACUCCUGUUUAUAAUUAUUGUUGGUAGUCUCAGAAAGGAUUUAGAGAAAAAUGCCUUCUGUGAUUAAUUCUUUGACAAUUUAGCCAUCGUGUGUCUCACAUAUAAUGACACUCUCAAAAUAAAAGCAACCUGGGCAAAGGCUUAGGGACAGAUACCUAGUGGGCACUACGUUACCCCACAUCCAUUGGAGGGGGGGCACCGAGUCAGGUGACAUCUCUCCAGCUCACCACUCCUGGCCGUACAAGGAUCGGGAGGUACAUCUGUGGACAGUCAAGGUGAAAAGCGCUGACUU